UCGACAUUUACAUUCCCCAAAGUCGAUUUUAGAGACAAGCCAAAAAAUGGACGUUAAUAAUCAGGAUUCUUCAUAUUUUACCGAUAGUGCUUCUGGUGCUGGCCAGACAGCUGCCGUAGCAAGAAGCGAUCUUAUUAAGCAGAAAAUUAAGGGAGGAACCCGUCCGGUCAUGGACGACCAUGAGGACUCGAAGCAUGCUUCCUUGGUUCGCCAAAACAGCGCGGAGAUGUCUGUCGAUGGCAGUGACGGAGACGCACUCUUCAUUAGUCCGGGGAGUAGUUGCCCACCCUCGCCUGGGAGCGCGAAUCUUUCACGCACUUCCUCUGGGGGUAUGCUUAGGGAAUCGAAGCGCUCACCGAGCUACGCUCAAGCACGUUUGGAUGGAGAUGGAAGGAGGCUUCUCAACGAACCUCCCUCGCCAACAUUUGGGCACUCUCUGAAUGACCGCAUCGAUACCGUGCUGGCAGAUCAAGAACCUAUCCCACUCAAUUUACUUACAGACCGUCUGCGACGAGUCGAACUAAUUUCCGAUGGUGCCCAGUGGCCUAUCCAAUUCGAUGAACAACUGGAACGGUCGCUCAAGUCCCUAGCUGAUGAGCAUGAUGUUGAUGUACACGUAGUUUUGCUGUCUGCUUGGGGCGCUCUCCUUUCCAGGCUCAGUGGUCAAUCCGAACUCGAUAUCGCCUUCCGAGAGGAUGCAGCCAUGGACGCUUCUACCUAUCUGCCGUUGCACGUCGACCUUCUGGGAGACCCAAACACAGUUCAGCUGCUCGAGCACUCAAGGGCAUGGACCGAAUGCUGGAGAACUGCCAUCGACUUUGGUCUCAAUUGA